AUGCCUUCCUACGUUAUCACGUGCAAGCCAGACGCUACCGACGACCAAGUUCAGGCCGUCAAGGAUCAUGCUAAAGAGCAAGGCGGCAAGAUUGGACACGAGUACUCGUUGAUCAAGGGCUUUGCUGUUUCUUUCCCCGAUGAUUCGGUUCAAAGUCUGGCCGAACACCCGCAUGUGGAGAAUGUUGAGGCUGAUAGUGAAGUGAAGAUACAAUAA